AUGGUUCACCAGGAUACAGCUAGAACAGAUAUCAUUGAUAGUCUUCAGGAGGACUCGGUGCUGAUCACACAGGAUUUCGCCAUGAAGUUCUUACCCACCCAGUACAGGGAAACGCAGGCUGAUUUCUUUGGUAAGAGAGGUAUCUCUUGGCACUUGACAGUUUGUCAGAGCAAACAGCGAGGGGAGCUGGUCGCGCAGACGUUUGUGCACAUAAUUGAGUCGGGUCUACAGGACAGCCACACAGUAGUAACCGUGAUGGAGCAUGUACUGGAAACCUUGAAGCAGGAACACUCCCAGUUAACCCGAGCUGUCUACCGCCAAGACAACGCAGGCUGCUAUCACUGCGCAAAUACCAUUUUAGCCAGCAAAAUACUGCGAGAGAGAACCAACAUCGAUCUCUACCGGAUUGAUUUCAGUGAUGCACAAGGUGGUAAAGGUCCAUGUGAUAGGAAAGCAGCGCAAAUCAAGACGCACGUGAAGCAAUACAUCAACCAAGGUCACUCCGUCACAACACCUGCUGACCUUAAGAAGGCUAUAGAGUCCGAUGAGGGCAUUGCGGGUGUGCGAGUUACGUUUGUUCCUGUUCCCAAGACCACAGUGAAAACAAAGAGUAUCAAGUGGGAAGGCAUCAGUAGUUUGUCCAACUUCGAGAUCACGGCAGCGGGUGUAAAGGCCUUCAAGGCGUACGGUAUUGGUGCAGGGAAUUUCCGAUCCUGGACGUCAUUUUCAGGUAUGUUCAAUCGAAAGGUGGUAAAGGAAAAUUACUCGCGUUCGUGUUAAAAUGGAUCUCAGUCCGCUUUAUUAUACUGGUUUCAUAGCACGCACACUUUACCCAUUUGUUCUCAAAGGGGAUGCAUGGUAAUACUUAACAAUAAAGCUAUAACCCCAUGCCACUAUAUCAUAACUUAUACCCUUAUUAAUAAAACCUUGCUUAUUUGGUCUUUUCUCUCAGGAAUACCACACGAUAACCAGUUUGAAUGGAUAGCUGAAAGGCCAGGGAAAGGAGAGUUUGUGUCAGUGAAACCUAGACAGCCAAAGCCGGCGACAUCCCAUACAGAUAGCCUACUCAAGGAGGGCUCUACCCCUGAAAUAACCCAACAAGCAAAUACCCACCUAGCUGAUAGUCUCCUAUUUCCAUGCCCAGAGGACGGAUGCACCAAGUCCUACAUGACAUACGGACGGCUGGAGCAGCACCUCAUGUACGGUAAACACCAAUUCCGUCGGACCGAGAGUGUCUCACUUAUUGAUCGAGCGAAGGUCAGUUAUGCGGAGCGUCUUGAGGCUGGAGGGAGCCAUCCUGAAGUGACGAUACCGGAUACAAAAAUACACAGUGGUUCCCCUUGUCUGCCAGAGGGAUGGGCUUGUCGGGAGUCCGCCGUGCCACGCCAUCGGUUUAAUUCCAAGCAAAGGAGGUACUUGGAGGAAAAGUUUAAACAUGGCGAGACCAAGGGGAUUAAAGCAAACCCAGAUGACGUCUCGAAGGAGAUGAGAUGUUCGAGAGAUCAGAGCGGGAAGCGAAUCUUCACGGUAAAGGAGUUCCUACGUCCACAGCAAAUCACCUCAUUCUUCUCUAGGAUGGCAUGUGAGAGAAGAGAUGCCACCGACUCCGAUGAUGAGGCUGAAGAAUUUGCGAGGCAGCAGGCGGCCGUCCACUCGGAUGUGAUGGAAGUGUUACGGCAGGAAAUCACUCAUCCCUUGCUUUUCUCUGGCAAAAACCUGUGCUUGAUGACAGAGUCAGAGAUCGAAAGCCUCAAGAUCACUCAGAUGCGUUCCAUAGUUAGUCACUUUUCCAUUAAAGUUAAAGCUCGAAAGAAGAAUGUCUAUUCUGUUGCUAUUAUUGAAUUUUUGAAAAGGUGCUCCUGUAAGCAGUAA